UAGAGGAACUGACCGUUUGUCAACACUCUUCAUCGGCGCGCGGCUCUCCUCCUCCUCCUCCUCCUCCUCCUCCUCCUCCGCGGCCAUGCGCGGAUAAUAGACCGGCACGCGGACGGAGGCCCGGGCAGCAGCGGGGCUCAGGCUGCCUUUUUUCUGCACCAGCCAGAGACAGUGAAUACCCCGCUGGAGGCAGGGGAGCUGCCCUCGCCGGGAGUCUGUGGAGGGUCCGCGCUCGAGCGGCUCGGUGGCGGACAUGGCUCGGGCGUCGCGGCAGGGUGAGAUGACGGAGUACAAGAAGAUCGUGAUCAAGCGGGACCUGGAGAUGGGCGUGGUCAUGACGGUGUUCCGGCAGAAGGCGGAGCGGCUCACCGUGCAGGUCAUCAUGGAGACCCGGCAGGUGGCGUGGACUCGCACCGCCGACCGGACCGACGGCGUCCUGGAUCUGUUCGAAGUCCGAGAGAUUCGUCCGGGGAGGAACUCCAAAGACUUCGAGCGCUUUAAAGACGGGAAGGACAAACACGAUGAGAACACCUGUUUCACCAUCUUCUACGGCUCCCAGUUCACCCUCAACACCCUCAGCCUGGGAGCCGAUACUGCAGACGAGGCUCAGAAGUGGCUGAUCGGACUGGAACUGCUCAGGGAGGAAACUCUGACGGCUCCCACUCCGGUUCUCAUAGAGAGCUGGCUCAGGAAACAGAUGUACUCUGUCAAUCAGACCAAGACAAACAGCAUCUCCAUCAAGGAGCUGAAGGCUUUGCUCCCGCUGAUGAACUGCAAAGCUCCCAACUCCCGGACCCUCAAGGACAAGUUCCUGGAAGUCGGAGCGAAGAAGGACCGUCUGGACUUCGAGCAGUUCCACAAGUUUUAUAACCUGAUCCUGUUUGAGCAAAACGAAAUCCUGGACGAGUUCAAGAAGGAGUCGUGUCCGUUUAUUCUGGGUAACACCGACAAACCGGACGCUUCGGCCGUUCUGCUGCAUGACUUCCAGAGAUUCCUCAUCUACCACCAAAAGGAGCCGUGGGCCGGAGACCUGAACCAGGUCCGGGAGCUGAUGACCACCUUCAUCGACGACACCAUGAGGAAGACCAACGACCCCGAGUUCACCGUCAGCGAGUUCCUGGGGUUCCUGUUCUCCAAGGAGAACUCGCUGUGGGACGAGAAGUUCUCCCAGAUCAACAACCUGGACAUGAACAACCCGCUGUCCCACUACUGGAUCAGCUCGUCACACAACACCUACCUGACGGGCGACCAGCUCCGCAGCGAGUCGUCCACCGAGGCCUACGUCCGCUGCCUCCGGCUGGGAUGCCGCUGCGUGGAACUGGACUGCUGGGAAGGCCCCGGGGAGCCCAUCAUCACGCACGGAUGGACCCGGACCACCAAGAUCAAGUUCGAGGAUGUGGUGAAAGCCAUCAACGAGCACGCCUUCGUCACCUCAGACUUCCCGCUGAUCCUGUCCAUCGAGGAGCACUGUCCUCUGGAGCAGCAGCGGCAGAUGGCCCGGAUCUUCAGAGACGUCUUCGGGACCAAGCUGCUGUGCGAGGCGGUGGAGCAGCUGGCCGAGCAGCUGCCGUCUCCCACCCAGCUGAAGGGGAGGAUCAUCCUGAAGCACAAGAAGCUGAACGUGGAGGGAGGCGGGACCACCAAGGACUUCAGGAAGGGCCAGAAACAGGGAGACCUGGACAUCUGGGACCCGGUGGACGAGCGGUGGAACCGACACUACUGUGUGAUCUCUGAUAACAAGCUGUACUACGCUGAGGAGUACGAGGAGGAUGAAGACUUACAGAAGGGCGAGCAGCACUCCUCCGAGCCCUGGUUUCACGACCGGAUGAGGGACGGCCGGCUGGAGGCCGAGCGCCUGAUCCAGAAUUACUGCGCAGAGAGCGGCGGCCCGGACGGCGCCUUCCUGGUGAGGAAGAGCGACCGCAACCUGGACGACUUCAGCCUGUCCUUCUGGCGCGGCGGGAGAGUCCAGCACUGCCGCAUCCGCUCGGGCUCGGAGGGCGGCGCCGCCUUCUUCUACCUGACGCCCAACCUGCACUUCUCCAACGUCUUCGCCCUGAUCCAGUACUACCGCGAGACGCCGCUGCGCUGCCAGGACUUCGAGCUGCGCCUCACCGAGCCCGUCCCCAAGCUGGAGUCCCACCAGAACCAGGGGUGGUUCUACAGCAACCUGAGCCGCGGCGAGGCGGAGGACUACCUGCUGAGGAUCCCCCGGGACGGCGCCUUCCUCAUCCGGCAGCGGGAGGGAGAACCCGACUCCUUCGCCAUCACCUUCAGAGGCGACGGGAAGGUGAAGCACUGCCGGAUCCAGAAGGAGGGCAGCAUGUUCCUGCUGGGCACCACCACCGACUUCGACAGCCUGGUGGAGCUGGUCAGCUACUUCCGGAAGAAGCCGCUGUACCGCAAGACCAAGCUGCGCUACGCCGUCACGCCCGAGCUGGUGGAGCGCUUCAGCACGGGGACUCACUGCACCUCGCUGUACGAGAUGAAUACGUACGUGGCGCCCAACGAUAUCGAGCCGUCGCUGCCUCAGAGCACGGUGCGGGCGGUGUACAGCUACCGGGCGGCUCGGCCCGACGAGCUGAGCUUCAGCAAAGGAGCCCUGAUCCACAACGUGAGCAAGGAGAGCAACGACUGGUGGAAGGGCGACCUCGGAGGGAAGAUUCAACACUUCUUUCCUGCGAACUACGUGGAGGAACUGAGCAACAACCCCCAGCCGGACACCAGGGCCCAGGAUCUGGAGGACAACCCUCUGGGCGAGCUGUGUAAAGGCGUGGUGGACAUUUCCAUGUGCAGCAUCCAGAACCUGUGCAGCGGGAAGAACGGGAAGCCUCACGUCCUGACGCUGCAGAACCUGGAGCAGGAGAACCUGCGCUUCGACCUGGCGUCCGACUCGGUGGAGGAGCUGUUCGAGUGGUACAAGGUGGCCUGGGACAUCACGCAGACCGAGAUGAGCAAGAAGUUCAACCGCGAGCAGGAGAUGAAGCAGCAGGAGGAGGUGGAGAAGAAGGCCGAGGUUGCCAUGGAGAUGUCCGACCUGGUUGUGUACUGUCAGCCUCGCAGCAAGGAGAAGGACCGCUUUGACAGCUACAGCUAUAAAGAGAUCCGGUCCUUCGUGGAGAACAAGGUUCCGGGGAAGAGCCGCACCAGAGACUUCCUGCAGUACAACCGCAAAGCUCUGAGCCGGGUCUACCCCAAAGGCCAGCGGGUGGAGUCCUCCAACUACGACCCCUACCCGCUGUGGGCCGUCGGCUGCCACAUGGUGGCGCUCAACUUCCAGACCGCAGAUAAAUACACCCAGCUGAACAGCGCCCUCUUCAGCCUGAACGCGCGGACAGGCUACGUGCUGCAGCCGGAGUUCAUGCGCUCCGACUGCUACGACCCUCAGCAGGAGAAGAAGACGGUCAAGUACAGCAUCCUGGUCCGGGUGAUCGCUGCGCGGCACCUCCCCCGCCCCGGCCGCAGCAUCGCCAGCCCGUUCGUGGAGGUGGAGCUGUGCGGACACUCGGAGGAGAAGUUCAAGACCACCGUCUACCGUGACAACGGCCUGAACCCCGUGUGGAAAUUCCCGGCCGAGCCCUUCCAGUUCAGCGUGUACGAGCCGGAGCUCACCUUCCUGCGCUUCGUGGUCAACGAGGAGGACAUGUUCUCUGACCCCAACUUCCUGGCCCAGGCCACCUUCCCCGUCAAAGGCAUCCGCUCAGGCUAUCGCUCCGUGCCGCUGCAGAACGGCUACAGUGAGAACCUGGAGCUGGCGUCUCUGCUGGUCUACAUCGACAUCAAGCCGGCCGGGAAAGCGGAGGAGGAGCUGUACUCCAGCUCCAACCAGCUGAGGAAGAAGCCCGGCGAGCUGAGCGAAGGCUUCCUGUACGACACGCACGCCAACAUCCAGCGCUCGGCGCCGCUGCCGCCGCAGCACACCCUGAGCAGGGGCUUCAGCAGCAGCGAGAGGCACAGGUCUAAAGAGAAGAAGAUAAGCAACAGUAAGUUUUACUCCUGAAGACUUCAGAAAUCCAGCGACUGAACCGCAGACUUCAGACGAAAGGCGGCAGUUUUCCCUGUUUUUCCUCCAGAAAACGGCAGCAGAGCCGCUUCAGAUGGAAUCUUUCUGUAUUUAUUGAGUUUUUCAGAGCGCAGACCGUCAACAGUGUUCAUGAAGUCCGGCUUCGGUUUGAUUGUAUUUAUUUUAAAUUCCACAGCUGCAGGAUGAAGGACGGGAAAUGAAACCAGACAGAAACAUUCAAAUCAGGAUUUGUGAAAAACAAACCUUCAUCAUUGUGUCUUAAAUUUGUUUUACUAACUUGCUCAUUUAUUUAUCGGCGCUUGCUGCUUCAGUUCAUGUGUCUCCUUGUUUUAGUGCUAACACAUCCUAGAAAUGUGCUUUUGUUUAAAUUGACAACUUAAAAAAAUCUCAUAUAAUCAAACUAUUUUUAAAAAUGUGACUCAUAACUGCCCCCUAGAGGGCAACACUAACAUUUCAUAAAGCGAUGAAUAUUUCACUGUUUUUAAAUCUGCGAUUAUUUCAAUCUGUAAAUAAAUAAUGAGGCACUUUUCUGCUGGAUUUCCACUAAAUGCUUAAAAAAAAUUCAUUGAGCUUCUGCAUAUUUGAAUCAAACUGAGGUCUUUUACAGUCUUUGCCAAAUUCAGAUUUUUCGCCUGUCGUGCAGCUAAAAGUGAAUAUCUGUGGGAAAAUGUGGGAUUACAAAUUAAGAAUUCAGGAAACAACAAAAAUUAAGAAAUAUGUAAACUGAUGAAAAACAAUAUACGGGGAGGAACAAAAACUGGUGCAUAAAAUAAUUUGAAGUAAAAGGAAAUGAGCGAGUGAAUACAACGUGGGAGUGAGUGUAGAGUUGAGUGUGGUACUCAUGGUAAAAGUGAAUUGUUUUCGUUUUCCCUCCUUCGCUCAGCAGCUCGUCGCGUUGACUCGUCUCUUCUGGGAACUUCUUGUUUUUUAAUCAGUAAAAUCAGCUGUGAUGUUUCUGCUGUUCUGAUCCCAGGAAUGAAAACGUGUUUGCAGCCUGUAGCGCCCCCGUGUGGCGUCUCUGUGAAAUCAUUCAAUAAAGUCCUGCUCUGUUCAGCCUCUG